GUUCUGCACCUUCCAGCUCUGGGUUACCCAAGGACAGGGCAGAACUGAGUCUGGAGAAACUCCUAGGUGUUUCUGCAGUUCACUUCUUGCUGGUGAGCAGUCUGCCACUGUCCCCAAAAUGCCUGCAGGUGCUGGGCAGUACCACCCGGUUAAUUAAUGAAAGUCAAAAGCAGCAACUGGAAUCUGCAAGCUACUCCUCCCGCUACGCUCUGGGACUUUUUUAUGAAGCCAGUACACGGAUUGAUGUCCCCUGGGCUGCACAGUACAUCACCGAUAAUCCCUGCAUACGCUUCAUCUCCAUCGAUAAUAAGAAACGCAAUAUAGAGUCUCCUGAAAUAGGUCCCUCAGUUGUAGUUCACACAACUGUGACGUUUGGAAGUGAGCACCUGGAUUCAGACCCUGCAGAGGUGCAGCAGUUAAUUCUCAGUCACCUGGAGAGAAUUGUGCCAUCCUUGCCUAAACCAGCCAGCAUCAAGUGUCAGAAAUGGAGAUAUUCUCAGGUUACAAAAGCUGUGCCCAAUUUUCCGGGACAAAUGAUUCUUCAUACUCAACCUCUCCUGAUUUGUGGGGGCGAUGGAUUUACUCAGUCCAACUUCAAUGGCUGCAUAGAUUCUGCUAUGAGUCUUGCAGAGGCUGUAAAGUCUCAUUUGUAGCAAUUUCUAAGUCAGCUGCUAAACAGAGUCAAGAUUUAUGAUGAAUUUUACUAAUAUGGCUUGAAUUCUAGUUUAAUGUUAACAUCACUGGCUUCUAUCUUGCAAAA